GCUCUCUGAGUCGCUCUGUCUCCCGUGCAGGGUCCGUGAACAUGCUGAAGGCCGUGAUCCUCAUUGGGGGGCCGCAGAAAGGGACUCGCUUCCGGCCCUUGUCCUUCGAAGUCCCGAAGCCGCUGUUCCCGGUGGCUGGGGUGCCCAUGAUCCAGCACCACAUCGAGGCCUGCACCAAGGUUCCAAGCAUGAAGGAGAUUCUCCUUGUGGGCUUCUACCAGCCCAACGAAGCCCUGAGCCGCUUCCUGGUCUCUGCACAGCAGGAGUUUAAAAUCCCCAUCAGGUACCUGCAGGAGUACGCGGCGCUGGGCACGGGCGGCGGCAUCUACCACUUCCGGGACCAGAUCCUGUCGGGCAGCCCCGAGGCCUUCUUCGUCCUCAACGCGGACGUGUGCUCGGAGUUCCCCCUGCCGGAGAUGCUGGCCUUCCAGCAGCAGUGUGGAGACCCGCACAGCUUUGUCAUGCUGGGCACCACGGCCAACAGGAAGCAGUCCCUGAACUACGGGUGCAUCGUGGCCAACACGGAGACGAACGAGGUCCUGCACUACGUGGAGAAACCCAGCACCUUCAUCAGCGAGAUCAUCAACUGCGGCAUCUACCUGUUCACGCCCACCAUCUUCCAGCACAUCGGCGAGGUCUUCCAGAGGACCCAGCAGGAACUGCUCCUGGGCGCUUGCCUUGGGGAGGACAGCACCAAUGGCUGGCAGCGCGCCGAGGUGAUCCGGCUGGAGCAGGACGUCUUCACGGCGCUGGCCGGGCGCGGCAAGCUCUACGUCUACAAAACCGACGGCUUCUGGAGCCAGAUCAAAUCGGCUGGCUCUGCCAUCUACGCCAGCCGCCUCUACCUGAGCCAGUACAGCCAGUGCCACCCGGAGAGACUGGCCCGGAACAGCCCUGGGGGGCCCACCAUCCGAGGGAACGUGUAUAUCCACCCAACGGCGUCCAUCGACCGCAGUGCCGUGCUGGGCCCCAAUGUCUCCAUUGGGAAGGGGGUGACGGUGGGAGCCGGCGUGCGUGUGCGCGAGUCCAUCAUCCUGCAUGGGGCGUCGCUGCAGGAUCACACCUGUGUGCUCAACAGCAUUGUGGGUUGGGACAGCACCAUCGGGCGCUGGGCCCGGGUCGAGGGGACGCCCAGUGACCCGAACCCCAACGACCCCUAUGCCAAAAUCGACAGUGAGACCCUCUUCAGGGACGGCAGGCUCACACCCUCCAUCACCAUCCUGGGCUGUAACGUCACCAUCCCCGCAGAGGUCGUGAUCCUCAACUCCAUCGUCCUGCCACACAAGGAGCUGAGCCGCAGCUUCAAGAACCAGAUCAUCCUGUGAGGGGCCAGCCGGGAGCUGGGAACCGACUGGGCCUCCCGGGCGGCCCCGGCUGCAGCGCAGGUGCCCGACCCCAGCCUGUGCAUGGCUCAGUUCCCCCUGCUCUGGCCAGGCCGUGCCCUGGGCAACUG